ACUACAAGUCGACUUAUAUUUGGGUCUAAUGACUUAUCCCCAUAAGAGCCAGAGCUUUUCUUCCUGCCACUCACACACACCAGUAACCUGGAGCUCUGCAGCAUCAUGACUAUGAUAUCCUUUUUUCUUUUUUAUUGCAAUGUACCAGUUCUUAUUUCAUUGUUAUCCAAAACCCAGUCCUUUUUUUCCCUUGAUUUGUCACGCCAGGUGUUUGCCUGGACCCCAGACGCAGAGGCAAGAAGCAGGUGAGGUGAAACACAAUGUUUGAAUAAUUUCCGCAGGUUAACAUGAGGCGAUGGCUAAAAACGGUUGCACCAUGAAUAAGCAAACACCAAAAAAACCCUGGCGGAGGCAGGUAGCUACUGGGCACACCAAAGGUUAGCAAAAGCAAAAGUCUUAGUGGAUAAGACGCAGCACAUGGGGGACUUGGGUGAAUAAUCCAGCGUCUAACAGCUGGCAGCACUCAGCCUAAGUAGAUGGGAGAUGAUCAGAGUCAGGUGUGACCAGUAGCUCCGCCUCCAGCCAGGAGCAGGGGAUCUGGAGAGACAAAACAAAGGAGAAGGCAGGGAAACAAAACAAGGAAGCGUGCAGGUAACAUGAUUUUGUCUUAAAAUAUGUUUUUUUUUUAAAUGGUCCUUGAAAAAGAGGUUUUCUUAUAUACAGGGGCAUCCUGACGUAUAGUCUGGUCAAUACAGUAUACAGGUGGUCCUCGCGUUACCAAUGAGUUCCUUUCCUAGACUGUGACGUAAGUUGAGUUUUAGUAAGUUGGGAUUGGUGGUCUUGUCUCUGAGCUUUUUAUGACCAUUUUCAAUUCCAUGGGGGUGGCUUUCCUUUUCUUUGCAGAUAAGCAAGGUUAUUCUUUCUUAAACCAAGGACCACCUGUAGAUAUUUUUGUUGCUGUCAUGUUUAUGUUUCUGUACUAGCUUGUAGUUGCUUACCUGCAUUUUGGUUGCAUGAAAGUUGUUUUAAGUCAAUGGUGUCCAAAGUGCAGCCCAGGGGCCAUUUGCAGCUCACAGCUUAUUUUUGAUUGGCCUGCGGCACAUUGUAGGAAUAACAUUAAACCAAAGAAAGCCCGGGAAAAAUGGGAACAACAGAGGCACAAUGGAAAGAGAAGAAGCUGAAAUGUCGAUAUUAAUAACUAAUAAUAACACAAAGCUUUGUCUUCUGCAUCCUUUGAUUUUCAUUUUUCACUUUUGAUUUUUAUGUGGCCCGGAAAAAGUUUGGACACCUCUGUUUUAAGUGUUCAGCAAAUGUAAGCAAAAGUGAUACAGGAUAUGUGUCGCUUGACAGUAAAUGUAAAUAGUAAAAAAAGAAAGAAAAGAAAUAGUUAAAUAUACUAAAAACUGAACUGUAAUUGGGAAUGAACCCCUGCAGUGUGAAUCCCACCAUUUACCAUUUUUUUUUAUUGAUUCCUAACUGGGUUCGAUUUGGCAAUAAACUGGCAUGAUCAGCCGAGAAGCAGCUCCAGACAAAGGAAGACCUGUCAUUAGGGAGCUCAGAGCUGCUGGUUUCAAUAACCGAGUAAAACUCUUUAAUUGAGUGAGCUCAUUGUUGUUUAUGUUCAAACAGGAGCCUAAUUUGAAUGCUAAUGCACUAAAUCCAACUGUGUUCAUGUCUGAGCGGGUGUUAAAAAAAAGUAGGAAUGUCAUAUUUCCACUACUCGGUGGUAUUAAACUGUCAGCUGACAACCUUUUUUGAGAAAUAUGUCUGAACAGCCUGCGGUGCUGCUUUAAUGCCUGUCAGGAAACAAGAGAUUUUUGCACUCCAACAUUUAUAUUUUUUGCAAAAGAAUACUUUAGUAACAAGCUUUGGUUGUCAGCUGCCUGAGGAAUUCAAUGGCUGACCGUCGCAUGCAGAAUACUUUCAUGAUGACAACUGAGGUGUAUGACAGAGAACUUUAAACAAUUCCAACAUCUAACUAUAUGAUUAUGGUGUCUAUUGUCGGAAGGAGGCCCAAUUAGGGUGUCGCCAGAACAUUAACACUGCAAUUGGUGACCAGUGUAAACAUGACCUCACGUUGAAUAAACAAAGUACACAUGGAGCUAAGUCAUCUGCAAUCCAGAUAGCUGGAAGGCACCGGGAUGAGUGGCUUUGUUUACAAAAUUCUGGUACUGGAUAGUAAAAAGGCCUCGUCAUAGCUUUGGGCUGCUUACACAGGUGGACUUUGGUAUGUUGGAGUCAUCACAUUCAAUGUAAACAACAGCAUUAUGUUUUAAUAAUGGAAUACAUCUACUGUGAAAAUUAGUUAAUGUUUAUUAUAAAUAUAUGACUUGUGUAUUGACAUUAUUUGUUUCUAAACCCGAACAUCAGACAUUUUGGUCUUAUUUAGGCACCAAGCUAAAUGGUAAAACAUCUAAUAUUUAAAGAUCUAAUAUUUAUUUAAAAUUUAUUUAUUGUAUAACAUUUUUAAUCCCCAUAUCAGAGUAACACGGAUAAAUGAAUGUCAUUUUUGCAAUAGCCGAGGCUUUUGCAAGCUACAUUCCUUAUUAUUUGCACUUUAUGUGUCUUACACAAGCACAUUACACAUCACUCAUAAUCGCGUUGUGUCUUGGCCUUUGUGAUAUCAUACCACUCCUCCCUGAAUCACCCCCUUAUUGUGGUGGAGGGGUUUGAGUGCCUGAGUGAUCCUAGGAGCUACUGUAUGUUGUCCGGGGCUAUAUGUCCCUGUAGGGUUUCCCAAGGCAAACAGGUCAUAGGUGACAGGCCAGACCAAGAGUGAUUCAGAAGACCCUAUGAAUAAAAACACAAGGAGGGACCGUACCCGGAAGUGGGAUAUUGGGGCCUCACCCUGGAGCACAAAGGUCUGGUGCAAUGUGCUUUGGGUGGCGGUUGAGGGCGAGCGCCUGGGUGACCUGGUCUUCGGCGGCCAAAUCUGGUUCUUCUCUGGUGGGGAAGGAGCCCGAGCUUGUUGGAGAGGUUGGACAUUCGGACUGGAUAUAGUCUGACUCACCUCGACCCACAGUUUGGGUUCUGGAACCAAACUACUCGAGAGUGGUUGGACCUUGUUCUAAUCUAGAGUUGCUGCAGGGGAGAGGAGGCGAGCUGGUGUGGUUUAUUAAUAGCCCACCGGCUCGGUGCCUCUGUGUUGGAGUCAUCCCCAGUGAACGAGAAGGUCACUUAGCCUAUGCCUUCAGGUUGGGGAAAGGGUCCUGAGUGUCAUUUGUGUGUACGCACACACUAAAACUAUAAAACUAAUACUAGAGUCCUACGCAGAACACACAACCUCAUCAAGGACAGCACACAUCCACAACACUCAUUAUUCACACUCCUACCGUCAGGCAGACGCUACAGGAGUUUGAAGUCCAGGACCACAAGGCUGGCAAACAGCUUUUACCCACAGGCCAUCAGGCUUCUCAACGAAGCACUCACACACGCCGCACGCAACACACGCACACACUCAUAGCACUUUAUUUAUUUAUUUAUUUAUUUAUUUAUAUCUGUAUUAAUGUCUCUUCUGUUGUUGUUGCUUAAUUUAUUGGUAUAUAUGUUUAUGUGUUUGUUUCUUAUGUUCUUAUUCUUUCUUGUGUUUUCUUUCUUUUCUUGGGAGAAUGAACAGAAUAAGAUUUUCAUUGCAUGGUAUAACUGCUGUUUUACCAUGCACAUGACAAUAAAACUCUCUUGAAUCUUGAACGCGGACAGUUCCAUUACCGUGGCUGAGGUAUCUGGGGUAGUCAAAACACUCCGCAGUGGCAAAGCUCCGUGGGUGGGGGACUGCAUUGGCUGACCCAUCUCCUCAACAUUGCGUGGAAAUUGGCAACAGUACCUCUGCAUUGACAGACCAGGGUGGUGGUCCUCAUUUUCAAGAAGGGUGUGAGUGGAAGGUGUGUUCCAACUACAGUAUAGGAGGAUCACACUCCUCUGCCUCACUGGGAAAGUCUGUUCCAGGGUGCUGGAGAGAAGGGUACAACCUUUAGUCGAACCUCGGCUACAGGAGGUGCAAUAUGGUUUUCGUCCCGGUCACGGAACACUGAACCAGCUCUAAGCCCUUAGGAUACUGGAGGGUAGAUGGGAGUUUGCCCAAUCGGUCUACAUGUGCUUUGUAGAUUUGGAAAAGGCAUUCAUCAACCGUGUCCCUCGCAGUGUCCUUGGGGGGGUGCUCCGGGAGUACGGGAUUGGUGGCACGGUACUACGUGCCAUUCGGUCCUCAUACAACCGGAGCAGAAGCCUGGAUUGUGUUGCCAGCAGUAAGUUCAGCCUGUGUCCGGUGAACAUUGGCCUCCAGUUUUGGGGGCCUUAGGCUCUUGUCUUUGCUAUUCGCAGACGAUGUAGUCCUGAUGGCCUCAUCGGGCUCAGCACCUCCAAAUCCAAGGCCAUGGUUCUCAGUCGGAAAAGGGUAGAUUGCACCCUCCGAGUUGGGAUUGAGGUUUUACCGCAGGUGGAGGAGUUCAAAUAUGUUGGGGUCUUGUUCACGAGUAAGGGAAUGUUGGAGCGUGAGGUCAACAGGCAGAACGGCGCAGCAUCUGCACUGAUGCAGUCGCUGUACCGGACUGUUGUGGUGAAGAAAGAGGGGAAAAAUGGGCCGUGACCGAAAGUGUGACAUUGCGAAUACAAGUGGUUGAAAUGAGUUUCCUCUGUAGGGUGGCUGGACUCACCCUAAGAGAUAGGGUGAGGAGCUCUGUCAUCCAGGAGGGGUCAGACUAGAGACUAGACUGGCAUCUAGUCUAUAGAUGCCUCCCGGACGUCUCCCUGGUGAGGUGUUCCGGGAAUGCCCAGCCGGGAAAAGGCCCCGUGGCAGACCUAGGACCCGCUGGAUGGAUUAUGUCUCACAGUUGGCCUGGGAAUGUCUUGGUGUCCUCUCGGUAGAACUGGACAAAGUGACCAGGGAGAGGUAAGUCUGGGCUUGCCUGCUUGGGCUGCUGCCCCCGCGACCCAACCUCGAUUAAAUGGUAGAAGAUGGAUGGAUGGAUGUUUCAGUGCAGCGACUCACGUCAAUGUCCAACCACUCCUGGCUCCGACAUCCACCUACACGUAACUCGGAACAGACAUGUAAGCAAGGCCCCAACAAACUGCCAUAGCCAAAAGUCUUGCCGUCUUCCUUCUUAACCUCCUACGUGAAAUAAUUUGGUAAAGAAAAUGGUGACUCCGGUUGCACAAAAUCCUUAAAAAAAUCACUUCCCAGCCACAUUGCGUUCAUAUUUUACACAAAUACAAGUCACAUUUUUUUGGUAAUCUGAACAACUACAUAAAAAAGUGGGAUUUUAAGAAAAAAUCUCAAUUGGGCAUCAAGCCUAGAAGAUAGCCUAACUGUAACCCUAACCCUACCCAAAGCUCAACCCUAUCCUAACAUGAAUCGAACCCUUAACCUUGCCCCAACCAUAAACCUUACCACGAGCGUUAACCUUAACCCCAACUAAACCCUAUAAUUCUAAAUUCUAACUCCAACCCAUAUUGGCUGAUUUGAUGCGGUGGUCUAGCAGCCAUCCAAUUGUCUUGGGGACAAAACUGUGAAUUUGGAACUGGUCUUCCCGAGCCCUGCAAGAGUACCUUGAGUAAGGCAGAGGCAAGAAUCCACAAUUUGAUGUGAUUUUUUUCUUUGGUAGUAAAACAGAACAUGGGCAUACAUGAUUUUGUCAGUGACUGCUAAAGUGUAAAGUCAUUUAUUUUUAGCAUCCACUCCCUCUGCUCUCACUCUUCAUUGUGAGUGUCUCUUAGGCCCCCCGCCUCCCGUCCCCCCUCCUCCUUACCUUUUUGUGGAAGAGGAUACGAGGCUCCCAGAUGUUGCUUCUGACUGACCAAUGGUGAGCAGAGAGGGGCCGGAUUGGCGUGCGCCCACAUUGCUCCAUCUUUUUAAAAACCACCGGCCUCCUGCCUCUGCCUGGACAACUUCUGCCUGAGCGGCGACAACACCUCUCAACGUCUCUCUCACACACCUGACGGGGUGGGGGGACAAGUUCUCUGCGCUGAACCCUCCGCUGUGGGAAUCACAGAGCACAACAAUUGGCGAGUGGAAGAGAGGCACCAUGACGGGAUUAAAAACAGUGACCUUCCUGCUCUCUUGCUUGGCUUCUGUGGCUCUGGGUCAAGGAUUUGAAAGCAAGAGUCCAUCAUACAGGAACAGGAGGGCGGUACCAAACACUUUUACGGACACAGGAACCGCAGACGUGACGGAGUGGACAUCAUGGUUUAAUAUUGACCACCCUGGGGGAAAUGGUGACUAUGAGCGUCUGGAGGCCAUACGUUUUUACUACCGGGAGAGAGUCUGUGCAAGACCCACAGCAAUGGAGGCCCGAACCACAGACUGGGUGGCGGCAGCAGACACUGGGGAAGUGGUCCACUCCAGUCUGGAGAAGGGCUUCUGGUGCAUCAACAAGGAGCAACCCCUUGGACGCAUCUGCUCCAACUACCACGUCCGCUUUCAGUGCCCCCCAGACCAGAGUUUCUGGACAAAAUGGGGCGAGUGGGGUCCGUGCACAACCACCGUUUGCAACGAUGUGGGCAUUCAAGUGCGCCAGAGGAGAUGCAUGAGCAUGCAGCCGAUGCCGCUACUCUUGGUCCCCGCAUGCCAGGGACACCAUUCAGAGAGGAGGGAGUGCUCCACCCCGUCAUGUACAGCCAAGUGGGGGCCAUGGGGCCGCUGGGGGUCCUGCUCUGUGACAUGCGGCGGAGGUCGGAGAACCAGGAGGAGGACGUGCGUGAGGACCUCGACGACAGUGCAGUGCACUGGGCGGCCUGUUGAAACACAAAAAUGUGGGAAGAGUCCAUGUCCAGUUAAAUGUCAGCGCGUGUGCACCGAGGGGCGCCCUGACGAAGACUGCAGACGCUGUGUGUGUGACGGCCAUGUUCUGCGUGGUGAAGUGCACAGUGUGACUGGGGUCCCUGUAGCAGGGGCGUGGGUGGCUUUCACCAGCCACCCCAAAGUCAUCCGUGCCCGAACGGAUGCCAAAGGUCAAUUCAGGCUAAAAGGAAUUUGCUCGUCAGAUAUCGUCUCACUCACCAUCAGGAAGGACAAGUUUGCCCCCAUCACUGUCUUCUCCAGCAGUAACAGCACAGGCUUGUCCUGGGUGUCGGCUGUCCUCAGAUCAGCUGAUAAGCCCUACAUUGUGAAGCACCCCGAGGACAAGGUGCGAUAUGAGGGCGGGCGGGCGAUGUUGUGCUGCAAGGCAACAGGAUCACCGACACCUGACAAAUACUACUGGUACCACAACGGGACUCUGCUGGACAGAAAAGUGUACAAGUAUCAAGAAGACCUUGUAUUGAAGGACCUGAAGCAAGAACAGUCUGGACAGUAUUAUUGCAAAACCAGCAGUGCAGCAGGCAGCAUUAAGUCCUCGCCAGCAUCCCUAACUGUCAUUGCAAAAGGAAUUACAGCAUGCAAUUCCACCCCCGAGGCGCAUCUGAUCAGACUGCCGCUGGACUGCGUUCAACCUGGGACAGACUCCAAGUUUUACAACGCUGGCCGCUGCCCUCAUAACAAAUGCGCUGGCUCACUCGACUAUGAUAUGCGCUGCAGAGACGGAGACGGCUUUUGCUGCGGCGUCCAAGCAAUGGAAAGCCGGACCAUCGACUGUGGGAGCUACAAUCUCCCAAUCAGGACCGUAUCCCAGUGCAGCUGUCAGAAGUGUGUGCAACCAACAGUGCUGGUGCGUGGCAGAGUGGUCACAGCAGAGAAUGGUGAUCCACUGAGAUUUGGCCACAUCUACAUUGGUAAAGAGAGGGUGGGCACCACUGGAUACCAGGGAGGUUUCACCUUGCAAGUUACUCCUGACACACAGAGAUUGGUGGUGAAUUUUGUUGACCCCACUGAGAAGUUUCUAGACACUCCGAAGGUCUUCAUUUUGGACAAGAAGGGUGGAUCCAUCUACCAUGACGUGAAGGUGAUGAGGAAGCAGGCUCCGAUUGACAUCAAUGCAGGAGAGACCAAUUCUAUUAACCUGGGAGAAAUAAAAGGGGAAGACCCAAUUGGGCAGUUGGUCAUUCCAGCCAAUUCCUUCCACAAAGACAAUGGAGACGUUUACGAGGGAACCGUAAAAGCCAGUGUCACUUUCAUAGACCCAAGAAAUAUCACUACGGCUUCUGCUACACCGGGCGACCUUAACUUUGUGGACAGCGAGGGUGACAUGCUCCCUUUGAGGACAUACGGCAUGUUCUCUGUUGACUUCCGGGACGAGAGCAACAAGCAGGUACUUGGUGCUGGAGCGGUUCAAGUCCUUCUCGACACACAGCACGUCAAAAUGCAAGAGCAUAUCCCCAAAAUGAAACUGUGGUCUUUAAACCCCGACACUGGAGUGUGGGAGGAGGAAGGCGACUUCUCUAGCACCACAACUACCGGUGGACACGGGCGGAGCAAACGAGAGGAGCGUACCUUCCUCAUUGGCAACAUGGAGAUCAGAGAGCGUAGGCUCUUUAACUUGGACGUGCCUGAAAGCAGACGUUGCUAUGUCAAAGUUCGUGCCUACAUGAGCGACAAGUUCCUUCCCGUUGAACAGCUGGAAGGCGUUGUGAUCAGCUUGAUAAACUUGGAACCCAAACCUGGUUACUCCUCCAACCCUAGAGCAUGGGGCCGCUUCGACAGCGUCAUCACCGGCCCUAAUGGGGCCUGUUUACCUGCUUUCUGUGACGCCCAGAGGCCUGAUGCCUACACCGCUUAUGUAACAGCCAUGAUGGGUGGUGAGGAACUGGAGGCAGCCCCCUCCUCGCCAAAGAUGAAUCCAAAUAUCAUUGGAGUAUCUCAGCCAUAUCUGGAUAAAAUUGACUACCAGCGCUCUGACCAUGAAGAUCCAGCUUUGAAGAAAACAGCAUUCAGAAUUAAUCUAGCAAAGCCCAACCAAAAUAACCUCGAUGAGACCAAUGGACCCAUAUAUCCAUACCAGAAUUUAAUAGCCUGUGAAAAUGCACCGGUUGAUUCAAACCAUUUCAGAUUCUUUAGGGUGGAAAAGGACAAGUAUGAAUACAACGUUGUUCCCUUUGAGGAGAAUGAUCUGACAACCUGGACAGGGGACUACCUCUCUUGGUGGCCUAACCCUCAAGAGUUCCGAGCAUGCUUCAUUAAGGUUAAAGUCCAAGGACAAAAGGAAGUGAUGGUCAGGUCUAAGAACCUAGGAGGAACACACCCAGAGACCAAAGGCAAACUUUAUGGCAUCCGGGAUAUACGCAGCACUCGAGACAUGCGAGAGGCCAAUACGUCGGCAGCUUGUGUGGAGUUCAAAUGUAGUGGCAUGUUGUUCGAUCAAGCUGAAGUGGAUAGAUCUCUUAUAUCUGUCAUUCCACAAGGGAACUGUCGCAGGAUCGCCACCAACAACCUCCUGCAAGAGUACCUCAUCAAACACCCUCCAGUGGCGCAAAACAACGACUCCAAUGCCUUCACCAUGUUAGCUCCCGUGGAUCCUUUGGGGCACAAUUACGGCAUAUAUACCGUCACGGACCAGAAUCCCAGGGUUGCAAAAGAAAUCGCUAUUGGCCGCUGCUUUGACGGCACCUCGGACGGUUUCUCCAGAGAGAUGAAGACAGACUCCGGUGUAGCUUUGACUUUCAGCUGCCCUGAGAGGAAAAUCAACAGAGAGAGCCUCUUCCAGCGUCUGCAGACCAAUCCGGGUCAGACGCUGUCACAGAUGGCGAGGGACAUGAGGGAGAUGGAAGGCAUGCAGGUGCGGAGGUCAUCCACUCGAGUGGUGGCCUAUCCCUCCGAGCAACAGGGCAGGACCCAGAGUCGUAGAGUUGGCACUACAAGCAGGAGCAGGGUGGCUCUGCGCACACAACAACGCCAAUGAUCAGAAGAUCGUCACUCAAGGCGACUCAUCCUAAGGAACUAAAACCUGACAUUCUGUUGAUGGGAAGGCACUUGCUUCUUCUCUACUGUGGAAACUCCCGUGUUGAGCCUGGCUGGAGAUAUACAAUAAUCUUAUACUGACUUGAAGGGUUUGUUAUAUUCUGUUUCUAUUCCUGUGCCUCCUGAAAGACAUACAGUACAUCUUGUGCUUAUAUGAAAAGCUGGCAUGUAUCUCAAGACUCUGGUGACAUUUUAUGGAUGAAAGACGUGUUUUCUAGAAACUGUUCAUGGUGGAGCCAUUACAAAAAUUGGCCUUUGCUGAAAGAAAAAGUUGCAAACACUGAGCCCUUGUUCAAAUGGAGAGACUCCAGAGACGCGUUCAAUAAAGAGCGAUUGUGCCGUGUCCUCCAGGUAAGAGAGGAAGUUUUCAUCUACUUUCCUCAAUGUUUGCAUCAACAUGACACUCUGCCAUCUGUGAUUCAUUCACACACCAACGCAAACGAGCAUCUCUAGUAGUGUGCAAGACAAUAAUCAGUGCAUUCAUCAAUAUUUCCCCCGUACGGACGCUCAUUAGGGUCAAAACGGACAUAUUUUUGUUUUAAAUAUUGCAAACAACUACAUAAUAAUAAUAAUUAAUCAAAAGCAUAUCUUAAACCGUAUGCUACGAGAGCUAUACCCAAGGCUACAGUAUCAACGUGCAAGGACAAAAACAUCAAUUUCCGUGGAACCUGUGUCAUCACGGAGUGUUUCUUUUUACAUUUUUGCUCUGUGUGUUUUACACUUAUGGAUGUUAAACGCUUGUAUACACAUAAUUGGGUUUAUGAAAUGCCUGCCCAAACACCAAGUGUGAAAUUCCACAACCGAGUCAUGUUUAUUUUAGCUUCCUAAUAUAAAACAAUUUACGAUAUUUAAAGGCCAGCACAUUGCGUAUGACUGUUACUGCAGUAGAGGGGACGGCGUGAGCAGUGGCUCAUUUGCAUGCCACCGGACAGCACCCCGAAACUGACUGUUCUGAACAAGGCUAUAAAAGGGUUUUUAAGUGUGCUCUAAUUCAUGAUCCUCGGGGUAUUUUGACCGAAACAUUACACAUACGUGUUGUUAAGACAGCUACAUUGCAUAAUCCUUUCAAGGUUCUAUUGUACAUCAAAUCAAUCUGAGUGAUUUCAUGUAGUAUCCGACACAACGGGGGCAUUUUUAAAAUCAAAUUGAUGCUCAACAGUAGGUACUCACUUCACGUCACCUGUCUACCGGUCUCAUUUGUGUCAGGGAAUACUAUUCUGUCAAACGAAGAAACCUGUUGAUUUUCUAUUAAUAGCUACAGCAUCGUCAUUGCAUGAAGAAAUAACAAUUAAAAGCUUUCACAGUAGUGGCACCACCCUGGAAUGAGUUCGAUUUUAUAGUUUGACAAAGUAGAGGUCGAUCAGCAUACAGGAACAGAAAGUUCCACUGUAGAAUCCUGUUGAUUUCAAAUAGUAUCCAACACUGAGCUGUCGAUGCAGCUGAGGUCGGCUAGUCGUCUACCAGUCCUAAAUGUCCACUGACAAACUUUCAGCGGCUUUUUCACAAUAUCACACCAAGUAUCCUACUGAUUUGGAAUAAAAAUGCUAUCUAAUAUACAGGAUCAUUGUAAAAUUUUGUAGUUAGCAACCGUACACCCUACCUUCCCUACCAGUAACAAACUAGUGAGCGACCCAGUCUGACAAACAUCCACCCUGCAAGGAGGACAAAACCUGGAUCUAUCUAUGUUAGACUAAUUGCCCUACCCUAUUGAUUUUGAAUGAACUUACUAUACAACAUAUGGCGCCAUAGGAGAAAUCUCGCAAAUAACCAUAUAUUUGUAUUAUAACCCCACCCUCACCUCUCUGAUCAUAAGCAUAGUCGGGUUUGAUGGGUGGAUGAAAACAAACUGCAGCAGAUGUUGCAUCCAACCUGCAAAAGAGAGACAAUAAUUGAAUCCAGGUGUGUAGAGAGAUGGAAUCUACAUACACACACACACAAAAGCAAUAGUGAGGUCUAUCAGGUCAUUUGGCGUUAACAUCUGCAUAGCAACUGGAGGAAAUGUUAGAGAGAGGAUGACCUAGUGAUAGAUGAAACACUGUUUGGUAAAGGCAGGGAAAAAGUGAAGUAAUUGGGGUCUUCGCAGUCCAUCACCAGGGGUUUCACAAGUGGUUGCACAUGGAAGCCGGAAGGCUUUCGCCAGAGAGUGCUUUGACAGCAGCGACGGCUUAUUCAUGAGAAGAACUUAUGAGGGGGGGGGGGUUGAACGACAAGGUAACAAUAAUAGCCCUUCCAAGGCCUCACAUGGGAAACUCGGCCUGCAGCGGAACUUCAAAGGCAACUUAAGAGGCAAAACAUUUGCAGCGUUUUGGGGAUGAAAUGAUGCGAGUUUAAGCAGACAAAGCACACAAAAACAAGAUUUAUUCUGUGUGGAAAGAAAAUGUUUAUCUCAGCGGGAAAGGGCAUUCUUGGGAAUAGCACUUUCACUUUGCAGCGCGUCGUAAAAUGUCAGGCUGAAGAAUGAAUCACAGCUUUUUGUCUGGCAACUUUCUGAAAAGAUUCAACCGACUCUCGGACACACACACUAUUUAAUCUGCUGUGACUUUCACACAGAACCCAACAAAAGUGAGACUGUGACACAACUGUUGCUGUAGCAACACUGGUAUUAAAAUUAUUGCCAGACAGCGACAAUUGCUCUCAACGUAACAGGGCAGAAGCAGGAAUUGUCAGGUGUUAAAACUUUUCACCUGUGUCUUGGGAUUGAGACACCCUUGUACACAGGUGGCUCUCCAAAGGCAGAAAAUUGCUGGGUCGUCCCCAUAUUACAUGUCAGUGCAGUUUAUACAGAACAGGCACAAUAAAGUUAAAGGUUAUACACAACCUCUCCAAUGUAUUAAUAAUACAUUUGUUGUUUUUUUUUUCUCCAUAUUUUACUGUGGAUGCAAAACCGGUCAUUUUUUCAAGGGUUAAUAUGGUUUAUUUACAUACCCUGAUUCAAAUGUGCACAAUAUCUCAUUAAUUUGGAUUUAUGUUCACUCAAUGACAAGGCAAGAACCCCAUUGAUUUGAUAUGAUUUGAUACUUUUGAUUCCCAAAUGGUCUUCCAUGCACUUGAUGUAGCUGGAGUUGUUUCAUAUAAAAUGCAACAUCCCUCCAUCCUUCCAUUUUCUUACGCUGAUCCGGGUCCCGGUCGCAGGGGCAGCAGCAUCAGCCCCAACAUGUUUAUUAUUUAAAAUACUUCUUUUAGUGCCACUGUGCUACAGGAAGCCACCUUGAAUUAUGCUGUCGACGAGCUCCUGUCUUACAGAACACUGCAAAAAACAGCUUUCAUAUUGUAGCAUUAACACUUGCAUGGUGACACCAGUCUCUUCGUUGUUUUUUGUAUCUGUUUGGAACGAUGUCUUCAUGUGUAAAUGAUGUAUUGUAUAAACUUUGUAUGAAUAAGAGACUGUAAAUAAAUGUUUUUUGACGGAG